CUGCCAGAUGUUUUCCUCAUGUCCAGCCCGCCUCGAAACUCCGAAAAUGCCGCACCCGCGACCCUGGUGAGCCCCGCGCAUUCGUCGUCUUCUCCAAGUUCCGCCCCCGAACACAGAGACACCAUCGACACCCUCACCUCCAGCACGACUCCCAGUCCUGGUCCCGGUCAACCCAACCCUGCUCCUGCUCCUGCUCCUGCUACUCCUCCUCUCCCCGCUGCCGCCGCCGAUCCUCAAGCUGGCGCUGCUGCUGCUGAUGUUCCUACAGCCGCCGUCGUUGCCGCUGCCGCCCAACCUGAACAACAACAUCAACAUCCCUCGCCUCUAGAUCCAGCUCAAGCGCCUCAAUCUCAAAACACACCCCCAGCCCAACCUGCACCUGCAGCUUCGGCUCCACCCCCUGCCACGGCCGCUGUCACCCAGCCCUCGCCCUCGCAGGAUGUCUCGAGCCAUGUCGACCCGAAUAUUAAAAAGCCCCGAGCCCCUGCUGCCCUCCCGAGGCAGUCCGGUCCGUCCUUGCUAACCCAAGCCCUUGCCUCUGCCCGUGGCAUUCCUUCGAGAACACACUCUCACAACGACCAACCCUCGUCUCAACUAUCUACUCGCUCGCUGCCUUCGCCCACAAUCGACUCCCUCCCUUCCAACUCUGCCUCCGCUGCUGGCCUGGAUUCCCUCGCCCUCGACCCUCGAAAUGCUCCCUCCCACCCUGGCCAUGGAGCUUCAGUAGCCCCGAGAAGCGCCCCUCAACCUGGCUUCAUACCCCCUGCCGCCACUGCUACCACCGCCGCCGCCACUAUCAACACCUCCGACCUCGAAGAACCUACUGCCGCCGCCGAUAUGGAGAUCAUGACCUCGCCAACCUACGACAUGGCCAGCUUUCAGGGUAUAAGGGCAAUGUUGCUGGACCAUCGGGACUUUCUCAGGAGCACUCGAUCACGGGGCCGCGGGACGUCUUUGGAGCGGGUAGACAGCCAGUCCAAGGUACAGGACGGUCUGCGGAAAAACCGAGCACAUUCGCACUCCACCAGCCCGGAAGGCUCUCUCGCCUCUUCUGUUGCGCAGCUCGACCAACGCUUGCGUGAGAACGUCGACACCGACACCGACACCGACGUACGACCCAAGAAGCUUGAGCAGCGGUUUUCCAUGGGACCCGAGAAGAUAUGGUCUAUCGGAUCGAGCGAGGCCGUCGAUGGUCAGGAGGACGGUCAAGUCGAGAAGUCGGUUCACGAAGCCAUGAUUGGUGCCGAACCCAAUGCUCGCAGUCGCAAGGCGAGCUACAGUUUACGAUUCUUCAGAGAAGGCCUGCCCAAAGACGACAAGUCGCGUCGGAAGGAGUCGCGCCAGAUACACCCCCGAGAAAAGAUUUCGCCGGGCCAGGAGGCCCCGGCUAUCCUCUCGGCCGACAUUGCCAUUGAAGAUUUCGCUGCUAAAUCGGUCAGCACGAACCCUACGCCCUCGCCUCGGAUCCUCGACAAGAAGGACUGGCUGCCCAAGCAACUGGAGAGGGUCAAGACUUAUCCUCUGCAGUCACCACAGGCAGGCGAGACCCCCAUUCUUACCGACUCGCCCACUCAGGAUUACUUUGGGCUGAGGAAGGUCAAUGGCGACAUCUUUCACAAGGUUGACUCCGACGGUGCCGUGCAGGCUGCCUCGAAGGACACCAAACCUGAAGAUCAGGCAUCUCCCACUGCCACUGAUGAGUCCCGGUUGGCCGAAAUCCGUCGUCCAUCUGACAGCAGCGAGCACGGUGAGAGUCACGAGGAGGGAGACGAAUCCAGCGAGGAGAAAAUCUCCUCCGCGGUCUUUGUACCGCACCCCGGCCUGGAGGAAGCUGCCGAACGCGAACGAGACGUAAUCAAGCCUAAAACACCUGGUAAUCGUACUGCCUCUAGAGCUGAAGACUUUCACCCUUGGCUGGUGAAAGCCGACGAACCUGAGCCCGAAGAAGAGCCUUCCCCAGACCAACCCCCCGACACGCCAUCCCACAAAUCCAAGCCCAAGCGGCUGCCUGGCGCUCCAAACGUGGCACUGCGCGAGGUUCAACCUGGCAACGUGGAGGACUUUGCGGUCGACGACGAGCCCGAGCCGCCAACGCCCAAGCAAUUGCCGACGUACUUCGAAGACCACGCUCAUCAUCACACUGCGGACGAGAAGGAGCCUCUUGAGGCCAUCGAGCUGAUUCCUUACAAACAUCAAGUUGGCGGUCAUACGACACUUUGGCGCUUUUCCAAGAGGGCCGUUUGCAAACAGCUUAAUAACAGAGAGAACGAGUUCUACGAGAAUGUCGAACAGCAUCAUCGUGACUUGCUGACCUUCUUACCUCGUUAUAUCGGUGUUCUGAACGUGACCUUUCACAAACAGCCUAGGCGCAAGUCCACCCACAAGAGGGAGGAUGUAGGCCUGUUGGAGCGCAAGCCCACCGGAGACAUUGGUGCCACAGUCGCGGCCGACCAGUCCAAGUCCAACGGCUCUAAUGGCUCGGUCUCAGCCAACUCCAACAGCGCCCCUCAGAGCAACUUGGAGCAUCGCAGGAUUAUCAGUCAGUCACUCGCCUCGACACCUGUUCCGAUUCCCACAGUUACAUUCGACGACAACUGGCACAUCCUGCCGCGGAAUCUAUUCCAACCCACUCCACCCCCAACGACAAUGCCUACCAGGGGCCGUAGUACAUCAUCGUCCGGUCUGCCUGAUAACCCCGAGCAGAGCAAGAUGGCAUCGCCGACAAGACCAAGCUUGGACGACCGCCAUGCCAACAGCUGGGGAGCCACGACGGUCAACAAGCGUCUGCGUAACGAGGUUUUCAACGACGCCUUUCUCAAGCAGCCAAUUCCAAUUCACAAGCACCGACGCCCGCACCAGAAGUCCAUGGCCUUCCGAAAGCAGCAGACCUUGAGACCCGCCAGUUCUGUCCCGGAUUUGGUUCGUAGGCAGGAGCCUGUUGCAUCCGAGAGUCACGUACCCCAAUACUCCAGUCCGCUGCGACCCAGUAGCUCAUCACCUCCAACCACAAGCAUGACUAUUGAGCGUCCCGGACCGGCGGAGCCCAUGGAGGCCGAAGACAGCGACGUCAAAGACGUCACGGGAACGAGUGCGCCGGAGCCAGAAACAUUGGCGGACAAGGUCAUUGCUCAGAAAAAGAAGCGACGUUACUCUGGAACCGGUCUUCGCCGAAAGCCACGGACUGUCACGGAGUCUAGAGGAAACCUGAAGUACUGGGAAGAGGCAGACGACGCGGGUUACAGGGGUGGAGACGAAGGACAAUCAGGAUCCGCCUCCCAAGUCAAUUCGCCCAUGAUUGAGCCACCGACGCCGAACGGUGCAAAUUCGAACGGACCUGCCGAAGAGUUGAACCUCCCUGCAGCUGCGGAAGCGACGCAGCCCGAGCUUGCGCGGGUGGCGGAGCACUCGACAUAUGCUUCGACCGCGCCGUCCGAGGUUCCCAGUCCGACCCAGGAGUUCCGCAAGAUUCCGCGGCCUGUCAACCCGAAAGAAGCACAGACCCAGCGAAACUCUCGCGUGGAAUAUUUCCUCCUAUUGGAGGACCUGACUGCGGGCAUGAAACGGCCUUGCAUCAUGGAUCUGAAGAUGGGAACCAGGCAAUACGGCGUUGAAGCCACGCCGAAGAAGAAGAAGUCACAGCAGGGCAAGUGUGCCAAGACGACCUCACGCGAGCUCGGCGUGCGUGUCUGCGGACUGCAGGUCUGGGACGUCAAGAGCCAGAGUUACGUGUUUAAGGACAAAUACUUCGGUCGCGACCUGAAGGCUGGACAGGAGUUCCAGGAUGCGCUGACGCGGUUCCUGUACGACGGUGUGGACUAUUCCAGCAUCCUGCGCCACAUUCCCACGAUCUUGCACAAGCUCGACAAGCUCGAGUCUAUUGUUCGAAAGCUGGACGGUUACCGUUUUUACGCCGCCAGCCUCCUUAUGUUCUACGAUGGCGACACGACUGAGGGGAAUGAAUACGACACGGUCGUCGACGACUCGACCACUGACAUUGCAACCGACACGGAGGAGACGUCGGCUUUGCGUGAGAAGCGGAAACGGAAGAACAAGCGCGAGAUUGACUUCAAGAUCGCCGACUUUGCCAACAGCCUCACCAAGGGCGAUUUGGCAGAGGGUAAACCGUGUCCGCCUCAGCACCCCAACGAGCCGGAUCGCGGUUUUCUGCGGGGUUUGCGUACGUUGAGGAAGUACUUCCUCAAAAUCCAGAGAGACAUCCGGGCCGACAUGGGUCUGGAUUCCAUGGGACGAAACAGCAGAAUGGACGUUGACAUUGACGUCGACCUCGAUCAUAUCUCGGACGAGGAGGGCGAAGUCAGCGAAUAG